AUGGAGCGACCAGCGCCCGCAGAAGUGCAAAUGAGCCAGACCAUCCUGCCGGCUCACGCUAACUCGCGCGGUGAGCUGAGCGCUGGGCAGCUGCUCAAGUGGAUAGACACGGCCGCCUGCCUGGCAGCUGAGAAGCAUGCUGGGGUUUCCUGCGUUACAGCCUCAGUGGAUGACAUACAGUUUGAGGAGCUUGCGAGAGUUGGACAAGUUAUAACCAUCAAAGCAAAAGUUACUAGAGCAUUCAGCACAAGCAUGGAGAUCAGUAUCAAGGUCAUAGUCCAGGACAUGUUCACUGGUAUUGAGAAACUUGUUAGUGUGGCUUUCUCUACGUUUGUAACCAAACCAGUUGGAAACGAAAAGGUUCGGUUAAGACCAGUCACACUUUUGACUGAACAAGAUCAUGUAGAACAUAACCUGGCUUCUGAAAGAAGGAAAGUUCGAUUACAAUAUGAGCAUACUUUUAACAACUUAAUGAAGGAAAGUAGCAAAUUGGAUGAUCCCAAUUGUGCUGAAGAAGAAACAGUUUCUACAAGGAGCACCUCUGUUCAGAGUAUUGAACUAGUCCUCCCACCUCAUGCAAAUCACCAUGGGAACACAUUUGGUGGCCAGAUUAUGGCUUGGAUGGAGUCAGUGGCUAAUGUUUCUGCCAGCCGUCUCUGUUGGAGACAUUCCUUUCUAAAGUCUGUGGACAUGUUUAAGUUCCGAGGACCAUCUACAGUUGGAGAUCGUCUUGUUUUCAAUGCCAUUGUCAACAAUACUUUUCAGACCUGUGUUGAAGUUGGAGUGCGGGUGGAAGCUUUCAACUGUGAGGAAUGGUCUACAGGUCAUGGCAGACACAUCAACAGUGCUUUUCUUAUUUACAAUGCUGUUGAUGAUAAAGAAGAGCUGAUCACAUUUCCCAGGAUCAAACCCAUUUCCGAGGAUGAUUUUAGACGGUAUUGUGGAGCGAUUGCACGCAGGAGAAUUCGCCGAGGCAGAAAAUAUGUUACUUCCCACAAAGAAGAGAUUCCACUUUCUGUGCACUGGGAUAUAAGCAACCAGGCAUCCCUGAGUAAUGACAAUGUGGAAGCUCUCAGGAAACUGGCAGCCAAAAGUGGUUGGGAGGUCACCAGUGCUGUGGAAAAGAUAAAAAUAUAUACUCUGGAAGAGUACAGUGUUUUAUCUGUUUGGGUUGAAAAGCAUGUGGAAAGACCAGCACAUUUAGCAUACCAUCUCUUGUCUGACUUUACAAAGCGACCUUUGUGGGACCCCCAUUACAUAUCCUGUGAAGUCAUAGAUUGGGUGACUGCAGAUGAUCAGAUCUAUUAUAUCACCUGUCCUGCGGCGAAUGGUGGCAAACCCAAAGACUUGGUAGUACUUGUAUCCCGAAGAAAGCCUCCUAGAGAUGGUAACACUUACAUGGUAGCAGUGAAAUCAGUUCUUCUGCCAUCGGUUCCGCCUUGUCAACAGUACAUCAGAAGUGAAAUCAUAUGUGCUGGAUUUCUAAUUCAUGUUAUUGACAGCGACUCAUGCACUGUAUCUUACUUUAAUCAGAUUUCUUCUAGCAUCCUUCCUUACUUUGCUGGAGAUAUUGGUGGCUGGUCAAAAUCCAUUGAAGAAACGGCAGCCUCUUGUAUUCAAUUCAUAGAAAAUGCUACUGAUGAUCAGCUUAUUUCAAAAUACUGA